CGCGUCUGCUCUUGUUCCCACGGCAACGGGAGGCCUGGGGCCUUGCAGCUCCGAUGUACCAAUGGAUUCGCGGCAAUUUCUCCUCGCUCUUACCCCCCGGGCCGGAACCUCCACCACCCGGCGUUUCUAACCGCACCGGUGCCGGCUCUUUGAAAAGAACCUACGAGAGUGUCCAGGCUUCCAAUGAUGAAACUGAAUGGACAUCAGUAAAGAGGCAAAAGCUGGAUGACUUUGUGAAUGCUGUUAAGAAGUCUUUAACGACAUUUGUCAGCUAUAUAAAAUCAGUGUCACCUUUUGGUUACAAAGUCAUGCAAGUAGAAUCCAUAUCUUCGGUGCAGAGGAAAUCGAAAGAACCAUUGAAACAGGAACUUUCUUCCUCCCUGACUGAUCUUCGUGACUCCAAUUCUCGGGACCCUUUAUCAAGAGUGGAUCUAAAAUUGGAUAUUAACCAGGACCUGAGGAGGGAGAUCCGUGGGAAUGAAAGAAAAGUGUGUGAAUUUGACAAGAUAAAGCAAAAAAAAGUCCAUCAGCUUCCAGGAGAAGCUAGCGAGCUGUGGCCUUUUCCCCGACAGCACCACAGUCUUCCAUCUACGCCGCCAUCAAUAAGGAAAGGUGUCAGGCACAGCACUGUGAACCAGAGCAUAGAAAAGGAUGAGAAGGAAAAGUAUAAACUCCUGCUACGCCUGGUAGCUGCGGGAUUAGAGAAGAAGUCUCAACAGCAACCCUCAGUAUCUACUUCCAAAGCAAUACAUGUACCAGCCACUCCCAACCAGUGCCAUCAAUCAAGGGCAGGAUACAAAGAAAAACAAGGCAGCUUUGAAAGUAAAUCAUUAUCAUUCAGAGUGGAUGAAGUAGGUCUACCUUUGUGGAAGGAUUCUAGUACCAAAUCAGUAUCAGGGAAUAUCAACACAAGGCAGAGCCUUUUUGAUCAUCAGUCAGAAAUCUCACAAAACGCUGGAAGAAAGCCUGCUGUGGGAAUAAAAGCACUUGCAGAGAAACAGCACAUAGAACAAGACCUAUCACAUGAAGUAGCAGCUCGAUUAUACCUGGAUGAGGGAAAUGCCACAGCAGCUGUUAAUGUGCCAGCCUCGGAAAGCCUGAAGGAAAAUCUAAGCAUUUUAACAAAAGAACAGAGAGGCGAUCUUCCACAGUUUACUGAGAAAAUGGUGGAGGAGGUGAGGAAGGCUCUUGACUAUGGAGAACCUGAUGAAGUGCUCAGCACUGGAUUUAAACUGAAGAUAACACGGAAAGAUAUCAGCACUCUCUGUAACUACAACUGGCUCAAUGAUGAGGUGAUUAACUUCUACAUGUGUUUAAUUAUGGAAAGAAGUAAAGAAGCUUAUUUUCCUGGAGUUUAUGCAUUUAAUACGUUUUUCUAUCUGAAACUGCACACUGGAGGCUAUCAGACUGUAAAGCAAUGGACAAAAGGAGUGGAUUUAUUUGAAAAGGACCUUAUAUUGGUACCAGUACAUUUAGGAGCACAUUGGUGUUUGACGGUUGCAGAUUUAAGGAAAAAGAUAAUCCUUCACCUUGAUUCCAUGGGUCAGUGGAAUGACAAUGUGUGCUGGACACUGUUACAAUACUUGCAGGAAGAAAGCAGGAACAAAAAAGGCCAUCAAUUGGAUUCCUCUGAGUGGGUCCUCCGCAGCAUGAGAUCUCAUGAGGUUCCACAGCAGCUGAAUGGAAGUGACUGUGGGGUAUUCGUCUGUAAAUAUGCUGAUUACAUUGCAAGAGAUGAACAGAUUACCUUUACCCAGCAUGAUAUUCCCUACUUCAGGAUGAAAAUGGUUUGGGAGAUCCUCCACAAAAAGCUAUUGUGACUCUUGGGGAGCUGACAGGCAUAAAGAAGUAAUAUUCUGUGUUCCCUCUGCUGGCUCUGCAUGGCUGAAAUAGGCCAAAUACUGGCCUCUUCUGGGAACCUGGAGAGGCUGUAACCACCAUGGUAGUGUUACCCUUUUCCUGCUUUGAGAAUUUCAGGAUGUGGAGAUAGCAAAAGUAAGUAUGAACUAGACAUUCAGCUCAGCUCUUAUUGUUCAAAAAGCUGAACCUGGUGUGAUUACUGACUUCUGGGCAAAUGUGUGGUAGAAAACUCCUGCCUCUCUAAUUCACCCAACAGCAAUAAGAAGAACGUUAUAAGGACUUCUCCUGCCCUUACAAAACAGUAUGUGUAGGUUGUGAUGCAAGAUGUUAAUGCAGUCAGCGAAGGAAUCUUCCUUUUUUUGCCACACCUGAAGCAACAGUGUUGCUGUGGUAUAUUCCUUCUGAUGCUACAACUGUGGAAUCCUAUAGACUUGUAAAUCCUUUGGAUACAGUUCCAUUGUGUUGUGUUGAAACUGAGAUUUAUAACUGUAUUUAAUAAAGAUAAAUACUGA